AUGGCGACGGCGGCUGGCGGCGCGCGGCGAGCCCUGGCGGGGCUGCGCUCCGCUUCCCCAUCCACUCUCUCCAGAGCGAUCUCCCGGCCGGCCGUGGCCCAGUCUCCGGGGGCGGCGGCGGCCUCCGCUCUGCCCCGCGCCGCCUCGCGCCGGCGCCUCGCGAUCUCCAGGGUCCCGGUGGCGGCGCUGGGCGGCGUGCAGGGUCUGAUGCCGCUGCACAGCGCGACGGCGUCGGCGCUGCUCACCUCCAUGCUCGGGCUUAAGCCCGGGUCCUGGGGCUGGCUCUCGGAAGGGUUCGCAACACCACUAUAACAAGAAUGGGGUUUCAGUUACCAUACAAGAGUCUUCGUCUUCGGUUUAGCCCUCCCUUGGUGGAUUGUAAUAACACUAGCUACAUGGACUGUGGACAGUACCCUUGGAAUUUUGCUGGUGGUAUCUGUAGUUUCACUACUUAAAACUUACCAAUGUGUGCCAGUCUUAUUGUCCAGUGACGAUAUUCAUGGCAAAUUUGAAGGAAUCUUGUUUUGUGAUACCAGUUUUGUUAAUUUGUUAGCAUUUUAUGAUUAUUCAUCUACCAUGGAAUCAUUAUAAAU